UACUAUUCAUACCGAUAGAGAGGUUAGAAACGUUUGAACGUAUUUAAUGUUCCUUUCUUUGUACUAUUAUUUGUAAGUACUUUGCGCAUAAAUUUUUUAAGCAGCAUGCGAUGACGACACUCAACCAGCUUCGAAGGAGAUCUGUCAGAAUUCUACAAUUUUUACAACCACGCAAGUGUAAUGUUUAUAAUAAUCUCGGAUUAUUUUUGCGAAAUGAAUCGAGCUUUGUACCGAAGCGGGUACUCAUCGUGGCAAAGUUGUCACGAUAUCAUUUUGAAAAAUUACGUGAACCAAACUUGAAUGAAGACCAGUUAAAAUUGAAAUUAAGAGAAAGGGGCUCUGAUUAUGAAGCAAUGUUGGCUAGUCAUAUGUCAACCAAAGCUGUAAAAAGUCAAGUAACUGAGGUGUUGAAAAAAAUGAAUAUAGAAUAUAAAAUAAUAAAUAGGGAAAGUCUAGAUCAUUCAAAUUUUAUUUGGGCUGAUUUAAUCCUUCCGAUCGGUGGCGAUGGUACGUUUUUAUUGGCGUCAAAUAUGAUAUUUGAUAAUAAAAAGCCAAUAAUAGGUAUCAAUUCAUACCCGGAAAGGUCCGAAGGAUUUCUUAUGUUACCGCCAAAAUAUACGAAAAAUAUAUCGGAAAUUUUCGAAAAGCUGAAAGCAGGUGAUUAUAAUGUAAUAAUGAGAAGCAGAAUUCGUACAACGAUAACGGGAGACAAUGUCUGGGAUGUUCCGUUUCAUACACAUGAAAAAGGUCGCGUUGCAGGAGGAGAAAAAUUUUACGUUGAAAAGCCGAAGAAAGAAGUACCAAAUAAUGUAACAAAGGAAAGGCGUUUGCCUUGGUUAGCAUUGAAUGAAGUUUUUGUGGCAGAAACACUAUCCGCUAGGACAAGUUCCUUACUUUUAAAAUUCGACAAUAAAGAUAAAUAUCAUUUUGUGAAAAGCUCUGGUCUGUGUGUUAGCACAGGGACAGGCUCGACAUCUUGGUAUAAAUCUAUAAAUAGUGUAAGUCCACAAAUAGUACAAGACAUAUUGAGUCUUGUAAAUCAAAAGAAAGAGUUUAGUAAUAAAGACAUCGAACAAAUUUGUAUUACUUUUAAUAAUAGUUUACAAUACAGUGCAGAGGACUUAAGGUUGUGUUAUGCUAUAAGGGAUAUGAUAGUAACUGAUAUAUGGCCCAUACCAACAAAGUCUCUGCGUCCUCGAGGAUUUUGUAAUAAGUUAACAAUAAGAUCGCAAUGUUACGAUGCGUGUAUUGUUCUUGAUGGUGGUAUAGCGUAUCCGUUUAGUUUUGGAACUUCAGCAGUAUUAGAGGUUCAUCCUGAAGAUUCUUUACGAGCUUUAACCCUUUCCGAUAAAUAAGUACUUAACGUCAUUAAAGAUACGAUUGAUUUAAACUGGGGCAUUGGGGGAUAGUUAGAAUAUCAAUAACUUUAAUAUGUUACAUGUAAGAUGUGAAAAGAACACAAAGUGAAAGAAUUUUACUUUUGUACUUCAUAAUGUUUUGAAACUUUAGGAAGGGCAUUUAAUUUUUAUAUUUAUAUCAAGUACAUUGAAAGGCAUUAUAAUUGUUUUUAGAAUAUAUGCAUAAUAGUGUCUAUUGCAUUUCGACAGAAGGGCAGUAAUG